AGGCCCUACGUCUCCGCAAACCCCACGCUUCGGGGUGACCGCCUCAGACAGGACCCUGAGCCCGAGACUGGGGUAGGGGACCUGCCCGAUCCUGUAACAACCCUCGUGCUUCUGCACAGUCGCCUCCCACUAGCGCAGGUACUAGAAGAGACUUCAGGCUCCGUGACUAAAAGGCGUCAGACCAGUUGAUAUACCCACAGCUGCCAUGUAUUUCAGGACAGCCAGGAGGGGGCGCACAUCCGCCGAGAGACUGUGGGCAAGAGCGUCUGUGCUGAACCACGGAGCCACCAGAGGGCGCGCGAUCCCGCCCCAACCAACUUCCCGCGGAGGUGCCAGAAGCAGCGAGGAGCUUCAACUUCCCCAGUGCAGCACGAGGGUCGUGUUACCUUGGUGUUCUUCAUUGGUGAGUAAAAAGCUCCUGUCCACGGCCCUGAGUGCCAAGGAGUGAGUCUUUAGAGCACUCAGCAGAGGAAGAAAUUCAUCUAGAAAAAUAAAACCCCCAAAUCUCACUGUUUGGAGUACACCCUAACAUCAUUGUCAAUGUCCAAGACACAGUGGCUGCUAAUAUAUAUUCUUACAGUGGCCUCUAAUAUAAUAAUCACACUGUGCCCUACAUUACUAUGAUAUCCACACCGUGCCCUAACACCCAUAUAAUAUCCACACCAUGCCCUAACACUGAUGCAAUCCACACCAUCGCUUCCAAUACUAAUGUAAUAAUAUCCACACCAUGCCCUAACACUGAUAUAAUCCACAUCAUCGCUUCCAAUACUAAUGUAAUAAUAUCCACACCAUGCCCUAACACUGAUGUAAUCCACAUCAUCGCUUCCAAUACUAAUGUAGUAAUAUCCACACCAUCCCCUAACACUGAUAUAAUCCACAUCAUCGCUUCCAAUACUAAUGUAGUAAUAUCCACACCAUGCCCUAACACUGAUCUAAUCCACACCAUCACUUCCAAUACUAAUGUACUAAUAUCCACACCAUACCCUAUCACUGAUCUAGUCCACACCAUGGCUUCCAAUGCUAAUGUCAUAAUACCCACACCAUGCCCUGUCGGUGAUCUAAUCCACACCAUCGCUUCCAAUACUAUUGUAGUAAUAUCCACACCAGGACCUAACAGUGAUCUAAUCCACACCAUCUCUUCGAACACUAAUGUAAUUUUAUCCACACCACGCCCUAUCACUGAUCUAGUCCACGGCAUUGCUUCCAAUACUAAUGAAAUGAUUUCCACACCAUGCCCUAUGACUGAUCUAAUCCACACCAUCGCUUCCAAUACUAAAGUAGUAUUAUCCACACCAUGCCCUAUCACUGUUAUAAUUCACACCAUCGCUUCCAAUACUAAUAUAGUAAUAUCCACACCAUGCCCUGUCACUGAUCUAAUCCACACCAUCGCUUCUGAUAUUAAUGUAAUAAAAUCCACAACAUGCCCUAUCACUGAUCUAGUCCACACCAUCGCUUCCACUAGUAAUGUAAUAAAAUCCACACCAUGCCCUAACACUGAUCUAAUCCACACCAUCAUUUCCAAUACUAAUGUAAUAAUAUACACAGCAUACCCUAUCACUGAUCUAAUCCACACCAUCGCUUCCAAUACUAAUGUAAUAAUAUCCACACCAUGCCCUAUCACCGAUCUAAUCCACACCAUCGCAUCCAAUGCUAAUGUAAUAAUAUCCACACCAUGCCCUAUGUCUGAUCUAGUCCACACCAUCGCUUCCAAUGCUAAUGUAAUAAUAUCCACACCAUGCCCUAACACUGAUCUAAUCCACACCAUGGCUUCCAAUACUAAUGUAAUAAUAUCCACUCCAUGCCCUAUGACUGAUCUAAUCCACACCAUCGCUUCCAAUACUAAUGUAGUAAUAUCCACACCAUGCCCUAUCACUGAUCUAAUCCACACCAUGGCUUCCAAUACUAAUGCAGUUAUAUGAACACCAUGCCCUAUCACUGAUCUAGUCCACACCAUCACUUCCACUGCUAAUGCAAUAACAUCCGCACCAUGCCCUAACACCGAUGUAAUCCACACCAUCGCCUCCAAUACCAAUGUAGUGAUAUCCACACCAUGCCCUAUCACUGAAGUAAUCCACACCAUCGCUUCCAAUACUAAUGUAAUAACAUCCACACCAAGUCCUAUCACUGAUCUAAUCCACAACAUCACUUCCAAUAUUAAUGUAAUUAUAUCCACACCAUGCCCUAUCAGUGAUCUAGUCCACACCAUCGUUUCCAAUACUAAUGUACUAAUAUCCACACCAUGCCCUAACACUGAUCUAAUCCACAAGAUCGCUUCCAAUACUAAUAUAAUAAUAUCCACAAACUGCCCUAUCACUGAUCUAAUCCACACCAUCGCUUCCAAUACUAAUGUAGUAAUAUCCACACCUUGCCCUAUCACUGAUCUAAUCCACACCAUCGCUUCCAAUACUAAUGUAAUAAUAUCCACUCCAUGCCCUAUGACUGAUCUAAUCCACACCAUCACUUCCAAUACUAAUGUAGUAAUAUCCACACCAUGCCCUAUCACUGAUCUAGUUCACACCGUCGUUUGCAAAGCUAACGUAAUAAUAUCCACAGCAUACCCUAACACUGAUCCAAUCCACACCAUCGCUUCCAAUACUAAUGUAGUAAUACCCACACCAUGACCUAACACUGAUCUAAUCCACACCAUCGCUUCCACUGCUAAUGUAAUAAUAUCCACACCAUGCCCUAUCACUGAUCUAAUCCACACCAUUGCUUUCAAUACUAAUGUAGUAAUAUCCACACCAUGCCCGAACACUGAUCUAAUCCACACCAUCGCUUCCAAUACUAAUGUAAUAAUAUCCACGCCAUGCCCUAUCGGUGAUGUAAUCCACACCAUCGCUUCCAAUACUAAUGUAAUAAUAUCCACCCCAUGCCCUAUCAGUGAUCUAAUCCACACCAUCACCUCCAAUACUAAUGUAGUAAUGCCCACACCAUGCCCUAACAAUGAUGUAAUCCACACCAUCGCCUCCAAUACUAAUGUAAUAAUAUCGACACCAUGCCCUAUCACUGAUCUAAUCAACAGCAUCGCUUCCAAUACUAAUGUAGUAAUAUCCACACCAUGCCCUAUCACUGAUCAUUUAAUCCACACCAUCGCUUCCAAUACUAAUGUAAUAAUAUCCACACCAUGCCCUAUCACUGAUCUAAUCCACACCAUCGCUACCAAUACUAAUGUAAUAAUAUCCACACCAUGCCCUAUCAGUGAUCUAGUCGACACCAUCGCUUCCAAUACUAAUGUAGUAAUAUCCGCACCAUGCCCUGUCACUGAUCUAGUCCACAACAUCGCUUCCAAUACUAUUGUGAUAACAUCCACACCAUGCUCUAUCACUGAACUCAUCCACACCAUCGCUUCCAAUACUAAUGUAAUAAUAUGCACACCAUGCCUUAACACUGAUCUAAUCCACACCAUCGCCUCCAAUACUAAUGUAAUAAUAUCCACACCAUGCCCUAUCACUGACCUAAUCCACACCAUCGCUUUCAAUACUAAUGUAAUAAUAUCUAUACCAUGACUUAACAGUGAUCUAAUCCACACCAUCACUUCCAAUACUAAUGUAAUAAUAUCCACACCAUGCCCUAUCACUGAUCUAGUCCACACCAUCGCCUCCAAUACUAAUGUAGUAAUCUCCACACCAUGCCUUAACACUGAUCUAAUCCACACCAUCACUUCCAAUACUAAUGUAGUAAUAUCCACACCAUGCUCUAUCACUGAUCCAAUCCACAUCAUCGCUUCUAAUACUUAUGUAGUAAUAUCCACACCAUGCCCUAUCACUGAUCUAAUCCAGACCAUUGCCUCCAAUCCUAAUGUAAUAAUAUCCAAACCAUACCCUAACACUGAUCAAGUCCACACCAUCGCCUCCAACACUAAUGUAGUAAUAUUCUCACCAUGCCCUAUCGCUGAUCUAGUCCACACCAUCGCUUCCAAUACUAAUGUAAUAAUAUCCACACCAUGCCCUAUCACUGAUCUAAUCCACACCAUCGCUUCCAAUACUAAUUUAAUAAUAUUCACACCAUGCCUUAACACUGAUCUAAUCCACACCAUCGCCUCCAAUAGUAAUGUAAUAAUAUCCACACCAUGCCCUAUCACUGAUCUAAUCCACACGAUCGUUUCCAAUACUUAUGUAAUA